GGCUUACUAUGGCUAUUAGUUUAUUUAGAUCUAGCAUCAACCCAACAACAAUGUAUUUCCAUGGAUUAUCAAAUACCCAGUGAACGUGAUGUUCUCAAUAUAACCUCGCCCAAUUAUCCAAAUGCCUAUCAGCCGGGCACCAACUGCAGACAUCGUAUUACUGCUCCCAGGGAUCAUGUGGUCAUAGUAACCUGUCUUUUCGAAGUGGUUUCCAAUGUCUGUGACACCGAGUAUUUCUUCCUUUCCCUUGAUGGGGACUUACAGUUUCGUGAUGGCCAACGCUUUUGUCGCUCCACUCAAAUCACUAGGAUUUCUAAUUUUCGUUCUGUGGCUUUGGCUUACAUAUCAUCACGUUCAAAUACACAGCUAAGAGGCCGUUUUAACUGUCAAGCUCGUGCUCGCCGGGUUCCCUGCAAUUGUGGCUGGUCGGCUGCAACUCGAAUAGCUAAUGGCCAGGAAACCAGACACAAUGAAUUUCCCUCUAUGGUGGCUUUAAGGGAUUUAACUUCGCCUCAAAGAAUAUUUUGUGGUGGAAAUAUAAUCAGCCAUCGUCAUAUUUUAACUGCUGCCCAUUGCACUAGAGCUCAUCCGGAUCCAAAUGUUAUAAUGGCUUAUGCCGGGGAUCAUGAUUUGGUAGCAGAUAAUGAAACCCCUUUUGCCAUCCAAUAUCGCAUACAGAGUAUUUUGAAUCAUCCCGGUUAUAGGUCUUCAGCCACCUCCAUAAUCAAUGAUAUUGCCAUAUUAACAACCAGAAUACCCAUAGAAUGGUCUAGAGGUGUAGGACCAAUUUGUUUGCCUUGGAGGCAACAAAAUGAUGUCUUUGCCUACUCCAAUGUGGAUGUGGCCGGCUGGGGCACUUUAUCAUUUGCCGGCGCAAAGUCCAAUACUUUGCAAAAAAUCCAAUUGAUGACUUUGGAAAAUCGCAUAUGUCAGGAACAAUACAAUGACACUGUAAUUCCCACUCAAAUAUGUACCUAUGAUUAUAGAGGUUUAGCUCAAGAUUCCUGUCAAUAUGAUUCGGGUGGACCGGUUAUACUGCGUCAACAGAGACUAUAUCUUUUGGGCAUCAUUAGUUAUGGACGUAGCUGUGGCCAGCGUUUUGGUAUUGGCAUAAAUACUCGCAUAACUUCGCAUUUGAGUUGGAUCUGGCGUUAUACGCAAAAUGAUGUGUGUGUUCUUUAAAUGACCACACUUUUAAUCACAUUCCUUUAUCAAUUUGCUUAAUAAAAUAUUUAUUGAGAAAUUAUCAUGUCCUGCUGCUGUCUGCCUUAUAUUUUUUUUAUUGUUCUAAGUACCUCUUUUGUUAUUUUCAUGGUAAAUGACUUAAUUUAUGCACAACCAUAAUUUUUUGUAUGAUUUUUUUCAUAUUUUCAAGGAUAAUGAGCUUUGUUAUCCUUUGAUGUUCAUGCCUUUAUAUACAUUUAAUUGUUACUUUUAUGCAACAAUAAAAUAACAUAAAAAAAGUAAAUUAGCGUAAAGUACUCUUAAAUUGUUUUACAAAAUAUUUUAAUUGUUUUCAAGGGGUUGAUUUUCAGCUAGAAAAAAAUGUACAAUAAAAUAAAAUAAAACAUA